CGAGGCUAAACAAUUCAUCUGCCUCACAUGUGGCGUUGUCAUAGGCGUAGAUUUAGACGCUAGCACUGACGAACGUAUUGGCCAACACACAGGAGAAAGAGUACUCUACCAGCAAUCUAAGACUGAUCAAGUUCAGAUCGUGUUUGAAAAAGCACUCGAUAAGCUCAAUAUUCCUGGUGUAUUACCACACGCAAUGGAUAUUUGGAAGAAGGCUAGCAAGAAAGUGUACAAAUCGACGCCAGCGCGUAAAAUGUUUAUCGCUGGAUGUAUCGUCAUAGCCAGUCGCGAGCAAAAGAAACAAACGCGUUUAGAGAACAUUCUUAUGGCAGUGAAUCAGCAACCAUCCUCUGAGUACAUGAAGUUGUUACUUCAUGUUGUCAAAUUGACAAAGCGAGCACUGAAUUAUAAAGCUUCACUGAAUAUAUCCGAGGAUGUCCGUAGCUCCGUACAAAUAUUGCUUACGCGUGUAGGACAAAUAGCAAAUGACUCGAUUAAAGCUUCAGAGGCUGUUAGAUCCACCUUAUCAAGCGUAAAAUUUCACAGUCUGCGACAAAUAGCCCACAAUUUGUUAGAGAUUGCAAUUAAUUCUGGAUAUCUCAAGAAGCGCUACAGGGCUAACCCAAUAGCCUUAUCAAUCAUCGUCUUAGCGGUCGAAUCUCAAAUAACAAAGUUGGCGACAGACGUUAAAGUAGACAUGAUAGAAACACUCAGUAUGGCACUAGAUAAGGUCUCUAUGCAGACUGUCAAUGCAAACUUACUGGAUAUGCUUAAUUUGUUGCGCAAGAUAACGAAAGUAUACAUGCCAUGGCUCGAAGACGAAAUAACGGCGAGAAAUAAAGACAAAGUCGGCGCAAGAAUACAUAGACAUAGGUACAACUCCUUCAUAUGGAUUGCUGAUGUUGCUAAGUAUGCCAAGAAUGCCAAUUUAUCUCUAGGAUAUGAAUUUGCAGAUGACACAAAAGUCAGGACAGAUAGGAAUACGAGUGCAUUUGUACGAUCUGCAAUACAAUUCGUUAGAGAUAACCAGGAAGGUACAAUAAGCGCCUCGCUUUCUGAAGAACUCAUAGAGAGUAUAAAACAGGAGUUUAUGCCCUCUUAUAGUCAUUCGAAAGCUCUGAAAAGGCUAGGAGACAAAAAUGUUGACAACGCAUCGGAUGAUGAGCUGUUUAGUGACGAAGAGCUCGCUUCGUACAUCAGAACAGAAGAUGAAGUCAUCGCCAAGCAGCUUGCAGUGGGCGGUAUGUAUGACUAUCAAUCGAAGAGUAAGCGUCGUGUGGUCGACAAAAGCGAGAAACGCCAGAAAAGUAAUAAGACGACAGCACCUGUGGAAGAACACGAAAUUGAAGAAAUAGUGGGUUCUAUAGACCCCACCAGUUUGUAUGAAGAAGUAGCAUCACUAAUAGAUACCUAAUUUACUCUGGUAACUUUCUCAUUGGUCUUCUGAGCUUGCCCAAAAUAAUGCCUGAUGUGUUCUCCGCUUGUGCUAUUACUUCGCCCAUAUAAAGUGGUGCAGCGUUUAUGUAGUACAUUCUGUCCAACGCUUGGAGGUGUUUCUCACGCGAUUUGUGGGCUUGUUUCGAUUCUGGUGCCGCCGCUUCAACAGGUGGCUUCUGUGCGUUCCAGCGACUGAUUGAUAAUGUCUUCCGUCGUUGUCUAAUUCCCUUCCAAUUUGUAUGUGAAUGGUGUAUGUCCGUUAAGUUCUUCACCACUUUGUGAGCCUUCCCAAGGUUCUCUCCAGCGCUAUUGUAGAAAUCGAUUGACUGUUUAACUUUUUCGUUAAAUUCCUUAAAAAUUCCAAUUUUAUCGUCACUUUGAUUGUAUUUAUCAAUCAUAUCAUCAAAAUCAGUUCUUAUUAAAUCGUAUAUUUGCUUCUUUGAUCUUUUAGAUGGGUAUACUGCUUUAUAAGCGGAUUUCAGCGUCCG